CAUACAACCGAGGAAACCCAAAAACCCAAUAGAUAGUUAGAUACCGUAAAGAGAGGAGAGUGAAAGGGGGGCACCAAAAAGAGCACCCAAAAACCCCUAAAACCACUUCUGAUUUCGAACCCUAAUUUGAGUUCGUCUUCGUCGUCAUGGAUAUCGAACAAAAGCAAGCGGAGCACAUCGACCACUUCGUCAAACAAGCGUCCACCAUUAAGGGUUCAUCAUCAUAUCUCGCAAAUGUCAUCGUGGAAGCCACCUCACACCCUUCUCUCUUUGCGUUCUCCGAGAUUCUUUCUCUCCCUAAUGUUCUCGAGCUUCAAGGAACAGAGCAUUCUAUAUACUUGGAUUUGCUUCAGAUGUUUGCUCAUGGAACAUGGAGUGAAUACAAGAGUAGUGCUAGUAAUCUUCCACAGUUGACACCAGAUCAGAUCCUCAAGUUAAAGCAACUCACUAUGCUCACACUUGCUGAAGCCAACAAGGUACUCUCAUAUGAUGUGUUGAUGCAUGAAUUGGAUGUUGUAAAUGUUCGUGAGCUUGAAGAUUUUCUCAUCAAUGAGUGCAUGUAUGUGGGUAUAGUAAGGGGCAAGCUAGAUCAGCUUCGAAGAUGUUUUGAGGUGCAAUUUGCAGCAGGAAGGGAUCUGAGGCCUGGACAAUUGGGGAAUAUGAUUCACACGUUAUCAGAUUGGCUGGGUACAUCAGAUAAUUUGCUGAUUUCAAUUCAAGACAAGAUAAAAUGGGCAGACACGAUGAAAGUUACAAACUGUGAGCAGGCUGACAUGGACUUCCGAGGGCACGGGCUUUUCGCUGAACCUGGUGGAGUAAUGGAUUAUGAUGAAGACCGCCGAUCCAAGAGGAGACGACAUCCGAUGGGGUGAGAUGGUUAGCGGGAUGUUUAAAGAAGGAGAGUCAUGAGUCGGGCUAGCCAGUUGUUUUUUUCUUCUUCUGAAAGUGAUGAACCGUUUUGAACUUGGGAGUUUGGGUUAUGAAAUACAUUUAAUGGGUCUGUAAUUAGAUCGAUGCUUGCUUUUGUAGCCUUGAGUUGCUACAUUUAUUUCAUGAUGAUCAUAGCUUGUCACCCUUUUGUUUCAAAGGCC